AUGACCCUUGACCCUACGCUAAAAGGGGCCAAGAAACAAAAACAAAAAAAGCCCAAGAAGCCAAAGAAACCAUCAACUUCUCCUGGAAAGUGCAGACGGUGUUGUGGAAGAUUCACAGCUUUCUUGUUCUCUCACAUUGGCCUUUGUGCCCUGGUGGUUGGCUACAGUGUAAUGGGGGCCUUCGCCUUCAGGGCCCUCGAGGCCCCCUACGAAGAGCAAAAAGCUUCACAGGUUAGCCACUUGAGACAGGAAACAGUUCGUAGGUUGUGGGAAAUAACGGACAAGUUAAAUGUGCUCUACAAGGACAAUUGGACUGGACUUGUGGAAGCGGAAGUACGCCGCUUCCAGAAGGACCUCAUUUUGGCCGUUAAGGAAGGAUAUGACGGAAAAGAAGGAUCGGGGCAACAGUGGUCAUUUUCUGGAGCUUUUCUGUACUCUCUCACAGUCAUCACAACAAUAGGUUAUGGCAACAUCGCUCCAAAAACAAACUGGGGUAAAUUGGUGACAAUACUCUACGCCAUAUUUGGAAUUCCCCUCAUGUUCCUCUACCUGACUAAUAUCGGUAACAUACUGGCCAAGAGCUUCAAAUACGUCUACGGCCGAAUUUGCUUCCGGCGGCGUCUUGGGGAUCAGAGGAGACGUCGCCAGCAGCAGCUUGAACAGUACCAGAUUCAUCACAUCAUGCUUCAAGAUGCUGCGUCGCCGAAUACAGGAACAAAUUCAAUUGUAGAUUCAUCCACCCUAAUCAGGAACAAACUGAAUUCAGACCUCAGCAAAGAUGACCUUGAUGAUGACACUCCAAACUACAGGAACAAGCCACGCGUAACAGUACCCAUCACACUGUGUCUUGCUAUCAUAGCAGGCUAUAUCUGUGGUGGAGCUGCUCUCUUUUCCGUCUGGGAAGGCUGGGACUACUUGGACGGAUCCUACUUUUGCUUCGUGACCUUGAGUACUAUAGGAUUCGGUGACCUGGUGCCAGGAGACUCGGUGGUCUCGGACGAUGGUACGCAGGAAAAGUUAGUCAUAUGUUCGCUUUACCUUCUUGCUGGCAUGGCUUUGAUCGCCAUGUGCUUCAACCUCGUUCAAGAGGAAGUGGUGUGCAAGCUGAGAAGACUUGGUCGAAGUCUUGGACUUCUGAACGACCGCAACGAUUCCGAUGAUUGAAGUGCCUUUGACGAUAGUUGCUUGAAUCCACGGAAUCAAGAACUUUUCUUACUUUCUUUUGUAAAAAAACAACUAUAAAAGGUUGAUCCUUGAAUUGAAAAACCCUUGCGACUCAUCUUGUAAAUUAUCAUUGGUUGGUGUUCACAAAAUGCUAAUCACCGGUGCAUAGGUACACUUAUGUGCUUUACUCAUAUUCAUACUUCAAAGAGGUUUAGCAUCCUUUAUUGGAAAGUGUUUCUUCUGUUUGCAUUUAUUUCUGCACAGUGGCCAACGAAGUCUUACAAAAACAGCUUCUGCUUGCAUCAAUUUGCGGAGUAAAGACAUGAUUUCAUGAUUUUCAUCACAUACGGAAUAUAAACAUGUUCCCAUUGAUUUCAUACAACCAAUCACCAGUCGCCGAAUUUUAAACAGCAUAAA